AUGCGGGAGUUCAUGGAGACUUACGAGGGGCUGGGCGGAGCGAGUCUCCCGGGCGGGGUGCCCGAGGCGGCACGAGUCGGCGAGCCGACCGGCGGAGGAGGUUUGUCGGCGUCGAAACCUCUCCUCGCCCAGGCGCACGCGACCGUUCUCGACGGCGUUCAACAGCCGGGAGACGCGAUACCCGCCGGGGGGGGCUGCCCGGCUCCUAACCCAGCCUCUGCGACACCCCCGCCGGUGCCAACGAAGCCGGAUAGCGUGACCGCCGCUUUCCUCGUCAAGGAGAGGGUCGAAGGCGCGAACGAGGCCGCUACGGGCGAGGCUGCUGCUGACGGGAGUACCCCUGGCACGGUCUCGUCGCAGGACCUUCUCCUGGAGUGGCUCAGGCGGGAGGCCGGGCAGGGGGACGAGGAGGCCCAGUUCCACCUGGCGCAGCUGUUCUCGCCGCCCCGAUUCGAGAUGAAGCCCAAGUGCCGGGAGUGCGGGGAGGACUUCGGGGUGACCCGGUACCGGCACCACUGCCGACACUGCGGCGGGUCCUUCUGCCACGAACACGCGUGGCACGAGCACCCCAUACCCAAGCUAGGGCUACCCGCCCCGCAGCGCGUAUGCACCCCUUGCAAGCACACCCUCGAGCUGGAGGACUGGCGAGAGCGCGUCGAGUGGAGACUUGAGCGUGUGAACGCUUUCCUCGAGAACCGUCUCAUCUCGUACUUCGACACAGGAGUGGACACCGUGGGCGACAAGGCUCUUCGAGUGGUGGACGGCGCUAUUUACGUGGCCAAGUCGGCACCGCUGGGCACGGCCGUCAAGGUGUCCGUGGAGGUGAUGGACGUGCUAAUGAAGUACGGCACGGCGGGUGUGGCGGGCUUGGUUCUCCGUCGGGAGUUCAUAGAGGCGGUGGAAGUGCUCAAGCGCCUCUCGGGUGUCGACAAGAAGUGGCCGAUGAGCGUGCACGAGAUGACCGCCGCCAUGUACUACCUCCUCGCCCAGCGGCGGGGUGAGAGGGGCUCCGCGCCCAACGGCGAGCACGAGGCGCAUGCCGACUGCGAGGCCAUCUCCGACGCCGAGCUAGCGUUCCUCCGCAGGAUGUCUGCUCUUCCCCUCCACUUCGCCUACACCAAGACGGCGCUCGAACUUCAGGUCCUCUGCAACAACACGGGCUGGUCGCUGGUGUUCCACAAGCCCGACUCUCGGUUCCACCAGCCCGCCUUCUCGCUGCUCGCGUGCGGCAAGACCAAGACCGCCUCGCUGGUGGUGAGGGGAACGGGAAGCAUCCAGGACGUCAUCACCGACAUCCAGGCGAUGCCGGUGCCGUUUCCCUCUCCGCGGGGCGACGCCGAAUCGGGUGCGGCGGAAGAAGCGGACGGGUGGAGCGACUUGCCCCCGACUGAAACCGUGGCGUGCAGCGGCAUCGCGAGGGCGGCUGAGUGGCUACACCGCGAGGUGGUGCACCAGCUGAUCAAGCUUUACCGGGAGAACUACAAGAUUGUUAUACUCGGGCACUCGCUUGGAGGCGGCGUGGCGGCGCUUCUGGGCGUCCUCCUGAAAGACGCGAUCCCCGAUGUCCGCGUCGUAGGAUUCGCCACCCCCGCCUGCGCGGACAUCGGCGUGUCCAGGCUGUGCGAGGGCCUGUGCACCAGCGUGGUUCUGCACGACGACGUCGUCCCUAGGAUCACGCCCCACGCCGUUCGUGCUCUGCUCAAGGACCUCUUGUGCACCAAGGAGGGCUGGGUGAAGCACCUGUACAACGACUGGGACGCCGUCGUCGGCCGCGCUAAGGGACUUUGGGCCCCCCGGUGGAGAAUGGCCUCGGUCGCCGCGGUGCAGCAAGCCUCCGGUGCCACCGAUAGCACCGCUAUCGUUCCCGCGGGCGACACCGACGAAGAGGAAAAGGCAUCCACCGUGAAAAGCGACGGCGUUGGAGCAGCAGCAGCAGCAGCAGCAGCAGCAGCGUCGCCGAGUCUCCGCAAGACGUCUCCGCUGGAGGGAGGAGACGGUGCCGCGCCGGUCGAUGGUGGAGAUGAGUGGGGGGGACGAGGAUCGCCAACGGAGGUGGUGGUGGCUAAGGAAGACGUCGCCGCCGCAACCGGUAGCGGGGAGGAAACGAAUGCAGGAGAGGCGGUGCAGGCCAAGGGGGGGCGGUGGCAACGGGGACGGUGGUCCUCGGUGGACGUUAGGUCGGUGCAGAGCCGCCUUAGCCGGAUCGUCGACGACACAAGCGCGAGAAUUCGCAGUAACAUUGUCAAGCAGGACCCGGAUUCGGCCGCCAUGCCGCCUCCCGUACCCCCGCGACCCGCCGCUUCCAACAACGACACCAACACCUUGCCGAGUAGUAGUGGAACCGGCGGCCGCGAUCCGGCAGGAGUGCUGGUGCCGGGAAAAGACGACGACGGUGCUGGUGCCUCGGGUGGCGACCCGGUGGUCGUCGGCAGCGGUGGCGCGGGGUCAGAGGAGGAAGAGGCGGAGGUGGUAGAGGAGCUGCCGCUCCCAGACCUCCAGCGUGGCGUGUACCGAGCUACCGAGGUCCCGAGAGACCACGACACGCUCCGCACCAUCCCGAUGUACGGGAACAUGCUCGCGGAUCACGCCAGCAUCGCGAAGAGUCUCAGAAAGCACGAGGAAGUCCACCCCGCUUUCGGCACGGGUGCUAAAAGCCGAAUGACCAAGGCAGACAUGCUCUGUACCCUCGCCGCGCGCGCGUGCCCCUCGCCCUUUUCUCUGUUUGCCCUCGCGAUGGUUUUGUUAUUCCGCCCAAACCAUCCUAAAAGGUACUUUGACGCGCUGGAGGAAAUCGCGGCGGUACGCGCAGCGGAGGCGAAGGGAGAGUUCAUGCCCGAGUGGGUACCCUUCUCGGAGUCUGAGGUGUGCCAGCUGUGCAAGGCCGACUUCUCGUGGGCGUCCACCUCCAAGUCAGAGCGAGCAAGGGACAAGCACAAUUGCCGGAUGUGCGGCCUCCUGGUGUGCGACCCGUGCUCCGACCACCGCAAGCCUCUGCCGAGAGUGGGCGUCUUGGAAGCGUGCAGGGUCUGCGACAGGUGUUUCUAUGGCGCAGAUCCGUCGAGGGUGGUGCAGUUGUGAGUUUCUUGUUGCGUUGCCUAUCGGCGGAAGUGUCGGCGGAAGUGUGGUU